AGAAGCUCGCCCGGGGUGGCAAUUGGCAACGGAAGAGUGCAGUGUCCAGCGUGUAGCCUUUGUGGUUCCGUGAGGCACUCCGCGAGUUUGUUUGUUUGUUUGUGUGGAUUGUUGUAGCGGCGACACUGAGACGGUCGUGAUGUGAGGAUAAGUGCGGGUACGGCGUGUGAACUCUUCAACGGGGAACGGCGAGGAACCUUCGUGGGCCUGAGGCAGAAUGCCCGGCCAGGUGCCCGACUGGAGACCCAAGUCUCGAAGUCUACCGGCGCGUCCUCUAGACCCCAGGACUAUCUUCGCACAGUUUAGGAAAGAAGAAAGCUCCUGGCUCCGACCAUGCGACGGCAACGAACAGAGUUCCUUGGACGAGAGUUCUAUCAGCUCUGAUACAUCGUGUUCCUCUGUUGAGUUUCAUAGGCCCGAGAGUGCUGGGUUAGACCUCCUCUCGCCGGCCGAUGAUCAGAAAGCAUCCUCCCCUAGAAAAUCUCCCGCCGACUCCAGAGGUUCCAAUGAGAGUUUACUGCGAAGAGAACGAAAAGCUGCAAAGGCAAGAGCGGAAGCUGCUCGCCGAGAGAAGUGCAAAGACAGUUCUUCAGAAGACGAGGAUGAACUCGAGAAAUCGUCUUGGAUGCGAGCCCCUUGGCUGAAAGCGGCCCGACGACGCCUUCACAAUGAGUCCUUCCCUCGGUUGCCCCCCGCCGGUUCCGGUUAUCCAGUGUGGCAGGAGAGCGCUGCUUACCAGGAACCAGCUCCAAAGGUCAUCAUGAGUGACAGCGGAGGCGGCCGUCUCUUCCAGAGAAGUAUUCACGGCAUCUCUAGACAGACUGUGUUGACAAGUCCGUCUCCAAGUCUCCUUUUCAUGUCUCCAUCACCACACGACUCCGGAGUGAGCUCUCAGUCGGUGGCGUCCAGUCCAAGUCUCGGCCGCGUUCCGACGCCACCUCCAAGAAGGUGUCAGUCCAGAGCGCUCUCCAGAGAGAACCUUGCCUCUCCUCAGAAUGGAAGGCAUUCCGUGUCCUUGGAUUCUUUUCCGAGCACAGAGAGGGCCGCUCGGAGCCUCAAGCCCCUUACUCUCUCCAACGGUCAUGGAAAUGCAAAGCCGCGAUCUCCAAUUACACAGUCAAGCUAUUCGGAUCUCGGCAACUCUGUGCAAGCACGACCACGAGGUCUCCUGUACUCUUACACAGACCAAGCUCCUCGUAACGAUUUGCCGAGUCCUUCUUUGAGCGACGGAGGACGCCGUGAAAGGAGGUCUUUCGCUGCACCUCCGCCUCGAUUGUCACCAAACUACCGAAUGGCAUCGGCGUCAGUGGAGGCGCUUGCUCCGCAAAAUGGCAGGACACGACCACCCGAUCGGCGUCGCCGACCGCUCUCGCUGGCUGCAGAGCGGACGUGGGACUGCACGUCAGGUCAGCCACCGUUAGCGCCAAAAAGUCUUGAGACGGCUACAAAGCGUCUAGAUGACGUGAUGAAAAGGGAAAGAGAACGUCGUUAUUCAGCAAAUUUAGAGACCGCGCUCAGUGAGUUGGAAGAAAUAUACGAAAGCCUCAAACUAAACGAGGAUGAAGACUUGCUCUUUCGUGCAGAACGAAGAGACCUGCCAACCCAGUUUCAGCUAAACCGACCGGAGAGGACGUCAGCUUCUCCAGAAGCUUUUCCUCUGACGAGGAGUAGCAGCGACAGCAUCGCGUCUUGGACUGGUUCUACGCAGUGCUUUCAACGACCACGACAAAGAGCUCCGUCAUUUAGACGAUCAGCGAUCCCGGACAAGCUCAAGGAUGAUCUCGCUUAUAGACGACUCGUACAACCCAAAGAACAACUUUCAAGGGGCAACAUCAGCCCCAAACAAGACGUGAGCUAUCUUCUCUGUUCAGCCGCCUUCACGCCGACCAUCGAAGUCCACCCGCUGUUAACAGAUCUCACCCUAGCCAAUGAGCCCGAUAUCGAAAAAGACGACCUGUGGUACCGAAACUACACGCAGGCCGACGCUGGUCGUGUGUCGGCGCCACACCCACCUCCCGGCAUUCCACUGUCACCGACAAACCAGUGCUCUGCCACAGAUUACCUGCGCGCGAAGCCCUCUGGAACACCGCGACCACUUACGCGACCGAAGGGUACACCGGACAUCGUUGGCGACGAUUUAGCGUAUAGGAGUUUACGAAAGGACAGCACGCGCCGUCAGUUUCGUAACGCCCGUUGUCUGUCAGCGAAUGCGUCGACACCUCAUCAAGACGCGCAGAGCAUGACCGACGUCCUGGACGCUCUCAAGCGAGAAUCACAACGGUGGAAACAACUGGACGAAGACCCCGCACCCGUCGGAUUCCGCGAAAGAGUGUUCAGUGAAAAAUCGAAGCGUGCAGGCCGUGCAGACGCUCUCCGUCGAGCAGGACGUGGUCAGCCGCUUGAGGACGGCCAGCUUGAGCAGCUUCUGGCAGCCCUGAUCUGUGACACCGAGUGCAGCCAAGGUGAGCUCGGGCCGCCGCACGGAAUCCAAGCCCGCGCAUGAGGCUGACCUGCUCACUGUGCUACUUACGUACUGACCUUCUUGUGGACUACUCUAGCUAGUGCCACGCUGUGUCUUCCUGUUGAACCUUACCGCAAGGCUCACACAUCUCUGCGUGCUUGCUGCCUGCCAUGAGCUCGCAUGGCAACACUAGUCUUGACCCUUUCGCAUGAUAGACGUUGUAAAUUCCUCUGCAGCGUACACGUGCCUGGAAACCAAAGAGAUGCAUGAAGGGAUAUGCGUGUAUAUUGUUGUGCUGAAGGGCACCACGUGCGAUGCAUCACUGCCUUUCGUGUUCAUAUCUAGAGUGUUUACGCGAACUGCAAAGUAUUGUUGGAGAUGUGAACCAGGGAAUUUUUUCAGAGAGACUAGCGGAUCGUUUUCCCACGUUUUGAAUUGUGUACCAAAGUCCUUGUACAGUGUGUGCCCUUUAUACGGCAGGUCGUUUAUACGAGAUUAUUGUAUGUAUAUAAGAGGUUUUACAAUAUUAAACAGAUUUUUAAAGCGCCA